AUGCCCAACGAUCUCAUGAAGCGUAACAUCGGGCCACUCGACAAGCGCAAGAAUACAACUCGCUGUCAGCCUUGUGCGACCCGACGAAUUAAGUGUGAGGGAGGCCGCCCCUGUGAAAGGUGCGUCCGGACCAAGAAACCAUGUGUCCCGCAGCUGUCAGAGCAGACACAAGUGAAGUUCGUCCAUGUAUCGGGACAUGUGUUGUCUUCUUCGAUUCCUGUGCCAGUGCGGAGACAUGACAAUGCCAUAUAUCUGGACCAUUUUGCAUCUUUCAUUCAGCGAUGCCACUUCAGCAAAGACUUUGCUGCCACGAAUGCAGAUAUAGUCACUGUCAUUGGCAGAAAUCCUCUGCUUUUGAACAUUGCUAUCGCGAUCGGAGCUUUGGAUGCCGGUAGAAAGGGCUCUAUCAGGUCAUUUGGCAAGCUUGAGGCUCCUCAGAAAAUUGCUUUCCGGGCUUGCGGAAAAUCUAUACAAGAUCUCUAUUCAGCACUGUCGACGACAGGAUCCGUUUUCAAGGAAGACGUGUUUUGGAGCACAUUUCUUCAUGGCCUUUUUGAGCUGCUGGCUGAAUAUUCUGGCAAUUCAUUCGCAAACCACAUGGUUUUUGGUGCAUCGAAAAUGCUUCUCCUGUUGGAGCCUACGAGUCGGCUUUCCGUCCCCACGAAGAGCUUGAUCAAUGCAUUUUGUGUCCUCGAAGCCAAUAGAGCCAUACUUUAUGGCAACAAUACCGUUCUUCCACGCAUAUGGCAGUGUGGUUUGACACGAGAAAGUUGGCCGGAACCUAUGAACAAAAUCCUCAUGCUCAUGUCCGCUUCUAUGAUCAGAUUUGCGAAUUAUGCUUACCAUCUUAGGCUCUUUGAAACCAUUGAGUCCGUCCCUCUAGAACUGAGAUCACUCGAUUCCGGGUUAGACGCUCUAGCCCAAGAAGGGCUUAAGAUCAAAGAAAGACUUCGCAAUUGUCAAGAAGAAAGCAACUGGGAAAGACUGCCCGCAGACUGCUUCGCUCAAUUGGCAUCUGUCGUCCACUGCGCCAUUCUUCUAUAUCAUUGUCGAAAUUUUACUUUUUAUUCAUGCUGGAUGACCCGGGCAGUCCCCCAGCUAAACCGGAUUGAAGUUGACAAACACGUUUCCACAAUUUUGAAACUGUCUCAGAGUAUCCUCUCAGAUACAGAUAUCCCUGCAGUGCUGUUGCUUUUCCCUCUCCGAAUGGCUGGAGUUCAUGUCUUUGACAAUCACGCACAAGAGAGAGUGUUGAGUAUUCUCUGCAAGAUACGACAAAAGGGGUUUGUCGUAUCAGAUAGAAUCGAACUUGAUUUGCAGGAGUUCUGGCACUAUGCACAGGGACAGUUAAACAAGAGCCUUUAUCCCUAUUCUUCAGAUCUUUGA